AGAAAGAGGGAGGGAGGGAGAGAAAUAUGAACUGUGAACUGUAAACAUAAGAACAGAAUAUAGUUGAAUGCGGAAGAGUUUUCAGCAGAAAGAUUUGAUGAGAACAGAAGAUCAGAGCUAUAAGACUUCAUCAUAAUGGAAACCCCUGACAUGUCCUCACUGAUGCCACCUCGGCCUGAACUAUUUGAUUUUGAGGGCAUUUCUAUGUCCCACUACUUUACUGACAAUUGGGAAAAUGUGAAGAACUUCCAAGCGAGACCAGAUGACAUCCUAAUCGCCACUUACCCUAAAGCAGGUACCACCUGGGUUUCUUAUAUAUUGGACCUUCUGUAUUUUGGUAAUGAUGAUCCAGAUCGCCAGACUUCACAGCCGAUCUACACGAGGGUGCCAUUCCUGGAGUCAUGCUUUCAAUUUAUUCCAACAGGGACAGAGCUGGCAGAUAAUCUGAAAACUUCUCCUCGCCUCAUCAAAACUCAUCUACCUGUUCAGCUGGUGCCUAAGUCCUUUUGGGAACAGAACUCAAAGGUUGUGUAUGUAGCUCGUAAUGCAAAGGACAAUGCCGUUUCCUAUUUUCAUUUUGAUCGCAUGGUCAAGUUACAGCCUGAACCGGGAGACUGGAACAACCAUUUACAGAAAUUUAUGGAAGGAAAAAAGGUGUUUGGUCCAUGGUAUGACCAUGUCAAUGGAUGGUGGGAGAAGAAACAGACAUAUUCUAACUUACUGUAUCUGUUCUAUGAGGAUUUGGUUGAAGACACAGAACGUGAGGUGGAACGUUUGUGCUCUUUCCUGGGAUUAUCAACUCCGGCUGAGGAGAGAAAGAAAAUAACAAAAGGAGUUCAUUUUGAUGCCAUGAAAAACAACAAGAUGACCAAUUAUUCUACAAUCCCAGUCAUGGAUUUCAAGAUCUCACCCUUCAUGAGGAAAGGUAAAGUUGGAGACUGGAAAACUCACUUUACUGUGGCACAAAAUGAAGAGUUUGAUGAGGUCUACAAACAAAAGAUGAAGAACACCACUGUCAAGUUUAGGACAGAACUUUAAUGCUUGCUGAACAUAGCCAAUGCCAGGGUCAUUCACUAAUGCAGUGUCCUACAGAUUAAUAUUCUUUAAAUUGACAUAUAUUAUAAUAUUUUUUGUUUAGUUAAAACACCUAGUUUAAUUUGCAAAGAUAACAAGUAUCAUAGGCAAAGUUUUAAAACAUCAAGUGUUACAUAGCAUUAGGUAACGCUGUUGUCACAUGCAUUAACAUGAUUAUUAAUCUGUUUUUGUUUACAGAACCAUUGUGGAAUAAAUCUAAGGUCUUAUC